GUCAUCAUCACCUACAGCUGAUCCACACAAAAUUUCCAUCCGCACCAGACCUUCCUUUGAAAAGUGGUCUUUUCAGUGUUCGUGCAAAGCUGGAAUGGGAAAAUGCAAACACAUAAUGGCCGUUUUAAAACAUCUUCUAAUGGGUUCCCUUCAGUUCCAUUGCUUACAGUAACAGAUUUGCAACAAAAGUGGGGUAAAAUUGCAGAAAAAGUUGCUGACGAUAUGUACAAGACAACACCAUUGACCGCAUUCUGCAAAAAAAUGACGAAUACAAAAGAUACGACUGAAGCUGCCUCGCCGGCGGGUUUGACUCACGAUGAGGGUACCAACAUUCUUCAGCUUUUCGUGAAAGGAUUCCCUGAAAGCGGUCUGGCAUACGAAAAGAAAGGACGAGAAAUGAAAAAUAUUGACAAAAAUGAUGAAUCUGAUGUUCUGAAUACACUUCUCGAUAUAGAUGUGCAAAGUCAUUCUACAGAAUCCAUUGAUUCGUUAAUUUCUAUUGAAGAAAAUAUGACUUGCAGUCUACUUAAAUCCUUCCUGAGAAGAUCGUUUCAUCCUGAUAACUUCACGAUGAUCGAUCGUGAAAUAAUGGAAUUUAUAGGUCCGUUAGAAAAGGAUCUGCAACUUCAUUUCGAAAUUAAUGUGAAAGUAUCGGAAUACGAGUCUUUGAAAAUAUGUACAAGAACUAUAGAACAAAGAGUAUCAUCGCAAUGGAAAAAAGAACGAAGCCGGCGCAUCACUUCAUCCAGUGCAUACUCUGUGUAUACAUACUACACAAAUCAACCCGACAAGAACAAAAAUUGGAAAAGUAAAAUCCUGAGUAUGGUGACACCGAAACAUCUUUCAACACCAGCAAUCGUACAUGGGAUCCGAUGCGAAUCAAAAGCCAUAGCAGCAUAUGAGCGAGACUACAGAAAAAACGUUUGGAGUUGUGGUUUCGUAAUACCCCCACAUAUUUCAUGGCUAGGAUGUUCUCCUGACGGAAUUGUUAUAAACGAAGGGAGAAUAAUAGAAAUUAAGUGUCCAAAAGAAGGGGAAAAUAAAUCAUUGAGUGAUUUAAUUGAUUUUCUUCCCUAUUUUACAAGAUUAAAUAGUAGCAGAAUGAAUAUCCUUGGCCAUUCCGUGUACGACAUCCAGGAACUAUACAAACCACUUUACUAG